ACUGAACGUAAGAGACGCGACGUUAACUACGCCGCCUCUCUUGGAUUGCUUUAUUGGUUAAUGAGUAAUGUUAUUAUCUUUCGCGACGUGUCCGCCACGUUUGUCCUAUCUUCCUACGCACGGCCAAGAUUAACCCGCCUGCCUCCCGUCCUUGUGAUUGACCUGCUUGGUCGAUUGAUCGUUCGUUGACCGGCACUGUGUUGACUCUCGACCCACCCUCAAUACCAAACCUCUCUCUCUCUCUCUCUCUCUCUCUCGCGUCAUGCUUUUUAUUUCUUUGUUCUUCAAUUCAAAGGCUUUGGUGAUCGAUAUUCCAGAUUUUUUUUCUCUACCUUCCUUUUUUCUCGUGGAAAUUUCUGAGGCUAGAAAGUAGUCUCGUAAAACGCUAGAUCAAAUAGGGACCUUCUUUUUCGUGUCGUUUGGAUUUUUGAUCAAUCAGUCUGAGCUCGAAAUGGAAGACGGGAUUUGAUCCUUUAUUUUUUUGGGAAUUUCGUUGGUUCUGAAUUUUGUGGAAGAAGAUAAUUAGGGUUUGCAAGCGAUCCAAUGGCGAGGAGCAGACCAUCGUCCAGCAGAUGGAGGUAUCUUCACCCUUCGUACUACCUGAAGCGACCAAAGCGCCUGGCUCUGCUCUUCAUUGCCUUUGUAUGCGUCACCUUUGUCUUUUGGGAUCGCCAGACGCUGCUCCGUGAGCAUGAGGUGGAGGUUUCCAAGUUAAACGAAGAAGUAAUACGGCUGCAAAAUUUGCUGGAUGAGUUAAAGAGUAUUCAAGGAGAUGCAGGGGAAAAGAUUCGUGUUGAUGGAAGAACUAGUGGAUUGCCAAAGAAAAAGGUUGUUCCAGAUGAUCCCAUUGAUAUUCAGCGUCGAGAGAAAGUAAAAGAAGCUAUGCUUCAUGCAUGGAAUUCAUAUGAGAAAUAUGCUUGGGGCCAAGAUGAACUUCAACCUCAGACGAAAAAUGGCGUCAAUAGCUUUGGUGGUCUUGGAGCAACUUUAAUAGACUCUCUUGAUACAUUAUACAUAAUGGGUCUAGAUGAGCAGUUCCAAAAAGCCAGACGGUGGAUUGCAAACUCAUUGGAUUUCAACAAGAAUUAUGACGCUAGUGUUUUUGAGACAACCAUAAGAGUUGUUGGCGGACUUCUUAGUGCAUAUGAUCUCUCAAAUGACAAAAUGUUCCUUGAAAAGGCUAAAGAUAUUGCAGAUAGACUGCUGCCUGCCUGGAAUACACCUUCUGGAAUUCCUUUUAACAUUAUUAACUUGGCAAAAGGAAAUCCACAUAACCCUGGAUGGACUGGGGGUGACAGCAUCCUAGCAGAUUCCGGUACAGAGCAGCUGGAGUUUAUAGCUCUUUCUCAAAGAACAGGAGACCCAAAGUAUCAGCAGCAGGUGGAGAAUGUUAUAGCAGAGUUAAAUAAAACAUUCCCCGCUGAUGGUUUGCUUCCCAUCUAUAUUAACCCUCACAGUGGUGCAGCAUCAUACUCGACCAUAACUUUUGGUGCGAUGGGUGACAGUUUCUACGAGUACUUACUCAAAGCUUGGAUACAGGGGAACAAAACUGAUGCUGUAAGGGGUUAUAGAGAAAUGUGGGAGAUAUCAAUGAAAGGUUUGUUAAGCUUGAUUCGGAGAACAACACCAUCAUCAUUUGCAUAUAUUUGUGAGAAGAAUGGGAAUUCUUUAAAUGACAAGAUGGAUGAACUAGCAUGCUUUGCUCCGGGAAUGCUGGCUUUGGGAGCCUCAGAUUAUGGUCCUGAAAAUGCACAGAAAUUUCUCUCUCUUGCUGAGGAGCUUGCUUGGACAUGUUAUAAUUUCUACCAGUCAACACCAACAAAAUUGGCCGGAGAGAAUUAUUUAUUUCAUUCUGGACAGGAUUUGAGUGUGGGUACAUCAUGGAACAUAUUGAGGCCAGAGACAAUUGAAUCACUAUUUUACCUUUGGCGUCUAACUGGCAACAAAACAUACCAAGAGUGGGGUUGGAACAUAUUCCAGGCUUUUGAAAAGAACUCCCGCAUAGAGACAGGAUAUGUUGGACUGAAGGAUGUCAAUUCUGGUGUCAAAGACAAUAUGAUGCAGAGUUUCUUUCUUGCAGAGACACUAAAGUAUCUUUAUCUUCUUUUCUCGCCUCCUUCGGUCAUUCCACUGGAUGAGUGGGUUUUUAACACAGAAGCUCACCCUAUAAGAAUCGUAACACGGGAUGAUCAACUAGAGAAGUCCAAAGGGCUAGAUAGACAAAAGGCUAUCAGGUUACAUGGUAGGAAGGGAGGUCGAUUGAGUGAUGACUAGGGUUUAUCUCCACGCUAUAUAAUUUUUCAUUGAACCCUUAAAAUUUCAGGCUCUGGAAUGAACGAAGAGCCAUCAGGUUCAAGUUCAACAUAAGAGUUGCUCAAAAUAGUUGAGUCCUCUUGGGCAUUUGCCCCAGGGAGCUGGGAUCUUUGAAUUCUAUAGGAAGCACGUCAUUUCCAAAAUCAUGUGAGCUAAAUUAUAGGAUUUUGCUUAAUAUUUAAUCAUCUCUUGGGAGAUAAAUCUUUUACCAAAUAGGUGUAGCACCUGGGGUGCAUGAUCCUUUAUAGUCCUGCAGAAUUGAUUAUUUAAGUUUUGCUUUCUAAUUAAUCACUACUCAGUUAUACUCUUUAGUUGUUUUUAAUAGGAUUUGUAAUUAACAUUGAGUUUAGGGUCGUUUGAAGGCCUUUUAUGGAUUACACUGCUCAAUAUAGUGGAUUCUUUUUAGUGCUUUAUGCUU